AUGAAAUAUAUUAUUGAACAUAUGGAAGAAGGCUUCAGUGAAUGGGUCGUUCUUGAGUACUCGCAGAUUUUGAAGGAUGUUGGAUCUGAGAAUCUAAUUCUUUCAUCGUUGCCAAAGAAUACAACAGAAAAGGAUAUCCCAGAAAGAUUACUGAAAUUAGGAUUACAAUGGACAACCGGUGAUUUGAAAGAAAUCACUAAAAAGUAUCCCAACUUACAACAAUUAGAGAAUGGAAGAGUAUGUUUAUUAGACCCAAGAGCCAGCACAGACUUACAGCCAGAAGAUGUGGAGAAAUUCGAUUAUUUUGUGUUUGGUGGUAUUCUGGGUGAUCAUCCACCAAGAGAUCGUACUACAGAGUUAGCCAUUGCUUAUCCAAAUCUGUUAAUAGGAAGAAGACUAGGUGACAAGCAAAUGACUACUGACACAGCAGUGAGAACUACUCAAAUCAUUGUUAAAGAUAAAAAAAAGUUUGAAGAUAUUGAGUUCAUCGACUAUCCAGAAUUCAGAUUCAGCAAGAAUGAAGCCACUGAAAUGCCUUUCAGAUAUGUAUUAGAUGCGCAAAAGAAGCCUAUCCUUCCAGAAGGUAUGUUAGAAUUGAUUAAACACGAUGCUGAACAAAGUAUCGAUGAUUUAUUUAUGUAA